AUGGUCCAGAUGACGCUGAACUUUGGCUCCUCUCGCACGCUGAAUGAAGAUACACCAAAGGAGCCUCAGCUCAUCAGACGGGACCCUGGAGAUACCCUUGACCAUGGCGAUGAUGCCAGUGGCAUGGACUAUGAGAUGGAUCAUGGAAGCAAGCUAGACAGCCAGAGCAGUAUUACGUCUUCAGACUGGCCUGCCUCUCAGUCAACAGCACCGGUAUCAGAUGGAAUACAACGACGAAGGAUCCUUCGCUGCAUCGCGGGAGAGACAAGCACCUUCUUGCCCGCCAUUUUAGAGACUACUCCAUGGGCACCGCCAAAGGGAUACCUAUAUUCUCCCCGUAACAUUUCAGAGCUACACCCAAAAUACUGUCCUAGUUUCAGCAAGACUGCCAUCCGCGUACUCAAUGCGGACACUCUAGAUACGGCUAUCGGGCUAGCGAACUGUGCACAGUACGUUACUGUCCGCGAUAAGAAGCCCGUAUGUGUCUUGAACAUGGCCAACGCAUACCAGGCAGGAGGGGGCUGGAAGAACGGAGCCCUCGCCCAGGAGGAAACGCUAUGCUAUCGAACCAGUCUUAGUUUCACGUUAAAGUUAAGAUACUACCCGCUCGACGACACACAGGCGAUAUAUUCACCAACCGUCCUCGUAAUACGCAAGAGUAUAGAUGACGGACAUGGUCUUCUAUCACUCAACAAGCCGGAGAAGUUACCCGUUGUAAGCGUCGUUAGCGUUGCAGCGCUGUGUGAGCCCAAGCUAUCAGUGCAGAGAGUACCUGUUCCAAACUCAUCUACUACCCGAGCAAAGGAGAUAUUCAGUAAUCCCGACGACCGCGAUAUGACCAAGGACAAGAUACGGAUGGUCCUCCGGGCUGCUGCGUUCAACGGUCACCGAAGACUGGUGCUAGGAGCGUUAGGCUGCGGUGCAUUCCUCAACCCCCGCGAAGAAGUAGCAGACUGUUUUGCAGAAGUCUUCCGCGAACGAGAAUUCAGCGGUGGGUGGUGGGAGAGCGUGAUUUUUGCUGUCAUGGAUGAUCUGGGGGAGGGCGAGAAUGGUGAUGGAAACUAUGGCGUCUUUUACAGAAAGCUUCAUGGCAUGAUGAUAUAA